UGUGGCGGCGGCGGUGGUGGCGGCCGGUUGCGUCCCGUGGUAGCGGCGGCGACGGCUUUGGCAGUCUUCUCUCGCAUCCAGUCAGCGGCGGAUGCUCGCGCAGCGACGAGCGAGAAGCACACACACACGGCGACGAGCUUGCGCGGCGGCCGGAGGAGACCAUGGGCGGGUCGCGGACGUGAGGGAGUCGGGCCGAGGCGUAGGCGAGCGGCAGGCCCCGUUGGCAAGGGGGGUGAGGAGGAGGCGAUGGACUCACACAACUUGGCCAAGCGCAAGGAGGUGCGCAAAAGCCUUCGUGUCAAGGUCAUCAGCAUGGGCAACCCGGAGGUCGGCAAGAGCUGCCUGAUCAAGAGAUACUGUGAAAAGCGCUUUGUGCACAAGUACAUGGCCACCAUCGGCAUCGACUACGGAGUCACCAAGGUCCACGUUCGAGACCGGGAAGUGAAGGUGAACAUCUUCGACAUGGCUGGACACCCAUUUUUCUACGAAGUGCGUAAUGAGUUCUACAAGGACACGCAAGGUGCACUGCUGGUAUUUGACGUGGGCUCGCGCGACAGCUUUGACGCACUGGACGGGUGGCUUGCUGAGAUGCGGCACGAGAUGGGGCCGCAUGGCUCGCCCGACGACGUGCUGGUGGUGGUGUGUGCCAACAAGGUGGAGACAGGACGGAGGAGGGUGGUGGAUGACAGUGAGGGGAGGCUCUGGGCGGAAAGCCGUGGGUUCCUCUACUUUGAAACGUCGGCGCAGACUGGAGAAGGCGUCGGAGACAUGUUUCAGACGCUGUUUGCGGCGAUCGUGGAGCUGUGCGACAACGGCGGGCGGCGGCCGACCCCAGCGGUCACCGUGGGCUUCACCAAGGAGCAGGCUGACGCCAUCCGCAGGAUCCGCAACAGCCGCGAUUGCUGGGAGAUGCUGGGGCUGAAACCCGGGGCAAACAGGGAUGAGAUUAACAAGGCGUACCGCAAGCUCGCAGUGCUGCUGCACCCGGACAAGAGCGUGGCGCCCGGCUCGGAGGACGCGUUCAAGGCCAUCGUGAACGCACGCACAGUGCUGCUACGCAGCUCCGACUGACACCACCACCGCUGCGGCACGCCGCAGUCUCAACAGCGCCAGCAGUGACGGCACCAGAAGUGACACAGAUGUUACAAGAGACAGGGUGCUAGUGAACGAAGCGGUGGUACCUGGCACUGAGGUACGCGGCAAGCCAGCGCAAGCGAGAUCUGGAGAAGGGAGAUGGUUGUUGGCGAUCGGUUGCGUUGGUUGCACCAAGAAGUUUCAUUGCUGUACGAGUGGAUGUGAGUGCAUGUCGUGGUGAUGUCACCGCCACUUAGUGGCGAAUGGCGGUUGUUGUUGUACCUGUGAGUGCCUGUAUGUUGGUACUUGUUUAAGAAAUGCGAGUCCCUUUGUGUGAGCGUGCGUGUGUGAAUGAGUGUUUUAUGAACGUAUGCGAGUAUGUAUUUUGAACUUCUUUCGCACCGUACGUAGCCAACCAUGCUAAUCAGAGGUGCGGUGUUAAUGUGCCGAGUGGAUGUUAGUACGUGUGAUAAUGCGUGGAUGUUAGUGCGAGUGUGUGUGUGGGAGAGCUUAUGAGUGGAUUCAAGCAAAUGUUCGUCCAUGUGGACACGCGCACGUGGUCGAGAAUGAUUUUGGUUGUGCGUGAUUUGUGAGCGUGUUUGUGUGCGAUCACUUGCAAUCAUAGGCGACACCACUGGAGGACAGUGGGGGGCUAUCGUUUGUCCUUGGAAAAGCAAUAAGAGUUGGAACAGGCGAGUGAACCAAAAUACCGACUUGAGUUUAACGGUAAAGUUUCAAUGUAACUAUUACGACGUAUUUUUUUACUGUUAAAAUAAACCUGGUAGUACAUUUAACAAUGAAUGUACACAAUCAUGUUUAAGUGAAAAAGUGUAGGUGAAUAGGCACUGUAGCUGAGGGGAAGGGACAUGAUGGGUCAGUAAGUGGUUAGGGUUGUGAUUUAUGUUUCUUUUCAGUUAAACAUAAAAAAUGUGUACUUAACAAUAACAAUGAGUAUUACAAAUUAAAAGUAGCUUUAACUGUUAAAAGAAAUAACACUGUAUCCUUGAUCUAGUAAUCGUAAUCCCCAUGACCUUUGAGGGAGGGUGGUGGAGGCUGCGGUGUCUUGAUGUUACUGAGAUAUGCAUGACAUCACUUUGUUAUCACAAGGUACCACGUGAUCCCAUUAUAUCACCUGUGAUAGUGAAUGCAUUUUCACGUGAUCGCACGUGAUCUCAUAGCACUCAGUUCCUCCUGUCGCUCCUCCACGGAGUUAAAAACAACAAAACCCUGUUCACUGCAACACAGUCCGAGGCCAAAUUCGUACUGCUCAAGGCCUGUAAGGGAUCAUGGAAUUCCAAAGCCAAUCGUGUAGACUUGUUUGAGGGUUAUUAUUUAAUGUUUAUAGCUCCAGAAAAGUUUAUUUUUUAACUUGUAAUCACUUUUUUUUAAUCACUGAAAAUGCACGCCUUGCUAAUCUGAUUUUAAAUGUGUACAUGUGUGCCUUACACAUGCAUGCACACAUACUGUACACAUGUAUAAUGUGCACAUGUGUCUUCGUGCAUGUUUGUGUGUGGACCUGCAUGUGUACGUAUCGAUACCUAUUUGUGCGCACACAUACAUUGCAUGUAAUUGUGUGCACAACCUUCGACUUGCUUGCAAGUGCACAUACACAUUUGCUCGUGUACGUAUUUGUGUGUAUGUGCGUACAUGUGCAACGUGCACCAAAAACAUUCACAACUCCGGUAUUCGAGUGUAAACCAAAUGUGCGGGCAGGCCAUCUUGUUAGGAUUUGUGUAAUCUUAACGGUGCUAUAUUUGUCAACAAAAUUCGAACAGGCAUUAAUCAAUUAUGAAGAAGAAAAAAACAACUGUUAAUACUA